AUGGAGACCGGCGAGACCGGCCCACCCCCACCAUCGGCGUCCGCGGCGACGAGCGUCCCGAUUGGGACAAAGGAGACGCAAGUCCCUAUCGCCGCCGCGACCUACGCCACCGCCGCGAUUCAAAAGACCAAGCAGACUCCCGAGCAGCAGACCCAACAACAACACCGUGCCAAGGCUUUGACCCAAAUGUUCGAAGUCAUGGGUGCUGUACCGGGCAAUCGCACCGACCGGUGGUUGCAAACCACCUUCGCCACCGACGAGUACCCUGUCGCUACCGCUACAUCGCUCAAGUAUUCGGCUCUCAACGCCAAUCGAUCCAUUCGAAACAUCUUCGACUUUGCUCUCGACGUCACUUUGACCGUCCAAGGCGCCUCGAAGGCCUCUCCCGCGGACAAGGCCGAUCUGCUCGGUUGCGUCACGAGACUGCUCUCCCCGCAAUCGCCCCUGUGCUUCGACGCCGAGGUCACCCUUCCCGAGCACCUUGCGGCGUUUGCGCCCCAGAUUAGGGGUAUCCAACACUCGUCUUUCGUCAGGGCCGGUGUGGUCAACCACCGUAUCUCCGUGGGAUUCGUUUCGGCGAAGGCACGUGACUCGGCGCUUACGGCCCCACUGGCGCUUACUUGGCACUCUGCAAAGGCUCACUUCGCAAAGGCCCACCACUUCUACCACAACAUGGUCGAGCUGCGUAUCAACGUCGGUGUCGCAGCGGUCCCAUCCAGGGAUGCCAUUGUUGACUCUUUUAAAUCAAUUGUCACCAAAAUCACAGCCAAGGGACACCGUUGCGAGCUGGUACAAGUCUUGCGCGUGAUCCACGUCGAUAACGACUCGGCCUAUGCGCACUUGGCCGGCGAGUUUUCGGCCUUUAUCCGCUUCGACGACGACGCCCUUUUCAAAGCCCCUAACAACACGCUGAAGGAGCUCCUACCGUCGAAGGUCUCUCUAGCCACUAGAGGCAACAUGCAUACGGCGGUUCGUCACGACUACGAACGAGAAGCGGCCUGUGCUCGGUGCCACUUUGUGGGGCAUGUGGAGACCUGCGCGCUGGAACAGGAGAGGAGGCAGAAGGAAGCGAACAACAACACCGGAAGGCACAACAAGUACCACAACAACCCAACCAACACCAACAACAACAACAACGACACCACCAACACCAACAACACCGACAACGACGCUUCCGAGGUUGUGGCCCCUAGCCGCGCCCUCGGAACCGAGCCACUUUUUUUUUUUUUUUUUGUUUUUUUUUCUUUUUUUUUUUUUUUUUGUUUUUUUUUUUUUUUAUUUUUUUUCUGUUGCAAUCUUGUAGUGUGA